AUGAGUCUCUCUCUUGCUUUUUCCGCCGAGUCCGAUAUCGGGACUGACUCAGUUGUCACACGGGAGAUCAACGGAACCUCCGCUGAGUCCAAUGCGACGAACGCGAAACCUAAGGAAGACAGUUUCGCCGAUAUGAUUGAUCGGGCACUCGAGAAGGAGUUUCCGGAGAAUGACCAGAACGAAGUUCCUGAUCCAGGAAGCUUCAAUAAUAGUGUUGCUGAUCAGCAGGCUGUUCUGGAGACAGUUGCUCGAGUUAAGCCCAAGAAAAAUGAGACCAAGACCAAGGAGGAGAAAUCAUUCUUUAAUUUGGAUAACGAGAAUGGCGUAGAAGAUACUCCAAGACUGAUAGAUAGGAAGGACAACGUUUUUAUUAUGUCCAAUCCAAAAUCCAAGUACCCUGUACUGCAGCUGGAUUUACGGCUGAUAUCAGAUUUGGUUGUCGUCAUUGUUUCUGCUACUUGUGGUGGAAUUGCCUUUGCUUGUGCUGGCCAACCGGUUAUCACCGGGUAUCUAUUGGCUGGAUCUAUCAUUGGACCGGGUGGGUUAAGCUUUGUUAGUGAAAUGGUGCAGGUUGAAACAGUAGCUCAGUUUGGUGUUAUCUUUCUCCUUUUUGCUUUAGGAUUAGAAUUUUCUGCAGCAAAGCUUCGCGUAGUUCGUGCAGUAGCUAUUCCAGGAGGUCUUCUUCAGAUAUUUUUGUUCAUGUGCUUGAGUGGGAUAACAGCCUCGUUAUGUGGUGGUAAACUAACAGAAGGAAUAUUCGUUGGUGCAUUUCUUUCGAUGUCAUCAACAGCAGUGGUUUUGAAAUUUUUAAUGGAAAGAAAUAGCAUAAGUGCUCUUCAUGGCCAGAUAACCGUUGGAACUCUAAUCCUUCAGGAUUGUGCUGUGGGUUUGCUUUUUGCUCUCCUCCCGGUUCUUGGUGGCACAUCUGGUGUCCUUCAAGGAGUGUUGUCCAUGGCUAAAUCGCUGGCGAUUUUGAUUGCGUUUCUGUCUGCUUUGUUUGUAUUGUCACGUACCUGGGUACCUUGGUUUCUAAAACUUAUGACAAGCCUUUCUUCUCAGACUAACGAGCUCUAUCAGUUGGCUGCCGUAGCAUUUUGCUUGCUUGUAGCUUGGGUUAGUCUGAUCCCUUGUUCUUCUUAUCAAUUGGCUGUUUGCACAUGUGUGCCUCUCAAAUUUUCAAAUUUCAUAAACCCAGUCUCGUCUUGGCUUCUUCAGUGUAGUGACAAGCUCGGCCUUAGUCUUGAGUUGGGUUCCUUUGCGGCAGGAGUGAUGAUCUCAACAACUGAUCUCGCCCAGCAUACUCUUGAACAAGUGGAACCCAUCCGCAACUUUUUCGCGGCGCUGUUUCUUGCUAGUAUUGGGAUGCUGAUACACAUGCACUUCUUGUGGAACCAUGUUGACAUUCUGCUAGCAGCCGUGUUACUUGUGAUAGUGAUAAAGACCGUUGUAGUUGCGAUCGUUGUUAAAGUCUUUGGCUACAACAACAAAACUGCAGUACUUGUUGGAAUGUCCCUUGCACAGAUUGGGGAAUUUGCUUUUGUUCUGCUAAGUCGAGCAUCUAAUCUUCACCUAAUCGAAAGCAAACUGUAUCUCCUGCUUUUGGGAACAACUGCUUUAAGCUUGGUAACAACACCUUUGCUGUUCAAGUUGAUACCGGCCGUUGUACAUUUAGGAGUGCUCUUACGGUGGUUCUCUCCCGACAGCUCAACCGAGAUUGGUUUCAAAGGAGAUUUGUAUCAUUCAGAGAGUGCAAAGCGUAUAUCUCUAAUGAUCCAAGGUUCUCUGCAUGAUUCUUGA